UCUUCGGUUGUUCAUCAGAAUGGCAGGAAGCGCGUGGAGGUCAAUGCUGUCCCAGGUGGUGGCGGGGGCCGCCAAGAGACCAGCUCUGUCUUCAGCCUCCUUCUCCAGGAGAGGGGUGAGGAGGACUCACACUCACACACACACACACACACACACACAGAUGCAGACAGUCACCCUAAUUCCUGGAGAUGGGAUUGGUCCAGAGAUCUCCUCGGCUGUGAUGAAGAUCUUUGAAGCUGCUAAAGCUCCCAUCAGGUGGGAGGAGAGGAAUGUGACGGCCAUCAAAGGUCCUGGAGGGCGGUGGAUGAUUCCUGCUGAUGCUAAAGAGUCGAUGGAUCGCAGUAAGAUCGGCCUGAAAGGUGUGAGGACACACACUCUCACACACACUGUGUUCGUGCUGAGAGGACACACACUCUCACACACACUGUGUUCGUGCUGAGAGGACACACACUCUCGCACACACUGUGUUCGUGCUGAGAGGACACACACUCUCACACACACUGUGUUCGUGCUGAGAGGACACACACUCUCACACACACUGUGUUCGUGCUGAGAGGACACAGACAAACUAUAUAUAUUUAAUUAUUAAUGUUUUUACUUUCUUA